AACAAUCCCCACUGAGUUCACCAAGCAAGCUGCCAUGGCAAGUGAACAUAAGUUGGAUAUGAUUUUGAGGCGAAUGGAGGAGUUUGAACGAAGGCGGGUGGAGGCAGAGCAGACAAGGAGAGCUGAUUUCCAAUCUCUCAAGGCAGCGUUAGCAUCAUGGAUUCCCCAUGUACAGAAUAACACUGAAGACUCACAUUUUUUGGUUGGAAACAAGCAGUACAAGAUGACGCCCACUAUGUGUUCGACAGAAUGCUUCAGCCCCAAUGUCGAGCCCAAUCUCGCUGUUGAUGUGGUUGUUACGUGUGCCACCACUUCUAUGACCUCUGUUGAUCUGGUAUCUGCUGAGGACGCAAUCGGUGCAACCUACAUCUACAAUCCUGUACAGCCCAUGGUAACGCCCGCCAAGUGUUUGACAAAUUGCUCCAACCCCAAUAACAUCCCAGACCUCACCGUGGCAGCAGUGGUUACGUGCACCUCCACUUCUCUGGCCUCCAUGGACCUGGAAGUUGGUAAGGACGUCGCCUGCACCACUGAAAUUGAUGGCCCUGACUGUCACAAGGAGACGCACACCAAAUGUUCGAUGUUAGGCCUUGAUGUCAAGGGUGGCGCAGACCACGUCGGGGGCGUGUUCCUGACAAUGUCAGGUGUGGCCAAGUCUGUUCCAAUAUCUAUCGAGUCAAUUGACAUCUUCUCAGCAAGGUUGGUCAGCGACCUCAAGCAGGACAUACCAACACCCACCGGGUGUUUGUUGAGAAUCCCUCGAUAUGACAGCAAGACACAGUUCAAUAAAAAGCUAAGGCUGGAGGGGAUUGAAUUGAAGCCAUGGCCACCUCCAACCUACAGUGGAGUGAUUAGCGGACUGGAGUUCCGACCAAUGCCCUGGCCAGCAUUCAUCUAUUGUUGGCUUGAAGAACAUCUACUUGAUCCUUGGCCACCACCAACUGAAUGGGCUGAGUUGGAACUGUGGCCCCCACCACAUGAGAAUGACAUCCUGCCCUUAUUGAUCAAUGGCUUCACCCAUAUCCUGGUGGAUCGAAAAGCAAUUUCAAAAUUCUGGAAAGCGAUUUGGAGUGAGUUAGGUGAAGAAUGGUCAUUGUUUGUUCCUAAGCUAUAUGAGCUGCACUUGAGUGGUCUCCUUCAGCAUUCAGUAAGCAUGAUAUCACAACAGCUUAUGUCAAGGAGGAUAUGGUCCACUAAGGCUAAAAUGAAGAUGUUGAAUGGUUGGGAUUCUAAACAGUACCUGAGCAUUAUGCGGCCUAUUCCAGGAUUGUUUGUUAAACUUAUCCAAGAUAUAUCUCCAAAGAGCCAUCAUCAAGCUUAUAUAGAAGCUCAAGUUGCUAAAAAAUUCUUGGAAAACUUUGGUGAAGAUAAGGUACACUUUUUGGCUCAAUCAAUUGCUGUACCUGACACUCACCUUGGACAAGGCUGUAUUGGCUGUUGUUGGUUGUAUGGCCCAAAUGCAAUUAGCACAUUCCAUUUACUAAUAGCCAUACUGCAUAUUGUGAGACCACUUUACAUGGAAAAUAUUUUCACUAGGACUUCACAUGUAGCAAAGAAAUGGGCUAAAGACUUGAAAGGUGUUGUGUUUGAUUGGAAUACACUGGGUAUAGUGGUUCAAGAGGUCAAUUACAUUGAAUUGAUCUGUGACCGGGAUUCGUAUGGUUGUAGUGUUCAGAAGUGCUAUCCUCAGUCUAUUCUAUUCAUGCACAAUGGUUGGUCUUUUGGUGGAUUGCUUGAUUGGAACUCUAAACAAUACAAGAACAGUAUGCUAAUUGUGAACCCAUUGGAACUCAUGCAAGUACUGUUAGUGCCAUUAGUGUGGGAUCCAGAUGCUGAGAUGGGUCAGAUUGGUAGCUACGCUCUACAACCAGAAAAUUGUCAAUUAACUACCUGCAUGAGAGCACAUUGCAUUAAGCCAAGUGAUUAUGAGAUCAUCACUGCCAAAGAAAACCAUGCUGCUGAUGCUCCUAGACUGCUUAUUGUUGUAAUGGAGGAUGAAGGCAAUACAGUUUGGACUUUAGAAUUUUCAGUCAGUGGAGUGGUACAGAAGAAGCGUGAUCUUUGGUUGUGUGCAUUUGCUGUUAACAAGGACAUGAAGGUUGUUAUGUUCCUGCAGCAAUAUGGUUAUGCAAACUUAGUAAUUGUCAAUUUAUUGAGUGUUCCAUGGGAUCCAGGCGGCUCUCAUUUGGCAUUAGCUAUUAAACAAGGAACUAGGCUUUCACUGUGGGCUAUUACAAGCAUUGGCUGGUUGUGUUUCCUAUGGUCAUAUUGGCUACAUUACAAGAGAAAUAGUAACAGGGGAGAUCAAGUGGGUGAAGCUUGCACAGCUUCGAGUCAUCGGCUUGGGGACAAGCCGAAUUUCAAGGGAAGGAGAAUGUUAGGAGCCAUGUGGGCUGCAAUAUGGGCUGGAUCAGCUACUUUCCAAGAAGUCCAAGCAAGCCCAAGAGGCAACCAUAUAUAAGUAGCAGCAGCACUUCCAGGAGGGGACGAACAGAUUGAUUGGCCAAGGCGGCGAACGGCGGCGGCGGCGACCUGGAGGCUGGCUGGCCUCUUUGUCGAUCUCUCCUCUAUCUCCCUUCUUCUCUACUAGUCUAGAAGCUACUAGAACCUUCUAGCCCUUGUAUCCUUCCAUCUUCCACCUCAAAACCACUCCACUAUUGUAACAGACUUGGCUGUUCCCUGUGUUGGAUUUGGCACUGCUAUUUCUGAAAUUACAUUGUUGAGUGGGUCUCUAACA